AUGAAACCAUCAAUAUUCUCUUAUGUGCUUUUCCUUCUCUUCGCUCUCACCACACAAUCAAUUUUUAUUUUUACCACCACAAAUUCCGCGUCGGCUGCUGAAGUCGUAGUGAAAGACUCAACCGGGAAAAAGGUAUUGAAUAAUGUUCGCUACCACGUUUCUCCCGUCGCCAAGGGUGGCUCGAUCAAGCUAACGGACACAAUCAACAAGAAGAAAGUUUGUCCCUUCGAAGUGGUCCACGACCCCAAGGAUAACGUAGGUGGCGAGUUUAUGUUCACCAUGAUUACCGAUAAAGAAGUUAAGGAGAACUAUCUCAAAACAGAACGAAUUCUCGGUAUUGACUCGGGUUAUCCCAAGGGAGCAUGCACCGAGUCUACAUUUUGGACAAUCAACGAUGCGGAAGCAAAGGGGCCGCCAGCUAACUUGAUUACGACUGGAGGUGGUUUCGAAACCGAAGAAACAUGUUUUCAAGUUGUGGAGAAUCCCAAACCAACAAGUGCAAAGGUGCAUAGUUACAUGCUUCAACAUUGCCCCGGAUUCUGCGGGGGUCCGGAUAAAACAUGCUUUAACAUAAGCCUCUCCUCAUAUCAGGGCGUGAAUCGUCUUUCUGCUGUUGGUGCUACUCCUUUUGAGUUUGCGUUUCACAAGAUUGCAAAAUAG